AUGAACUCCGCCGACAUAUCUACCUCUACCAGAUCCAACUUCGAUGACAACCUUCAGGGUGCGGUUUCGGGUGGCGGUAACCUUCCCCAGGAUGCGACUGCAAGUACCUUUGUAGCUAGAAAUAUGACCCCUUCUCUACCUGAAGGCGCCAAUGUUGCUCUCUGGAAUAUCCUCUGCGAUGGUCCUUUCACUAUCGAUAUCGCCGCUGAGAGUGGCACCCCUCAAGCCAACCCUAGUCAACCUCAAUUUCUCAAGGGUGUUACCUUCCACGCUGACAGGGAGAGCGAAUGGAAAGGCACCGUUGUUCCCUACAUCCGCCUCCUCACUUUUACGGUUGCCUCGACUACUGAUACCUUCUUCAUUGGCGCCAUGCUCAAAGCCCUACCGAAUAUCGCCAACAACAUUCUCAGAGUCGACAUGAACGGCUUCCAUUGGUUCUCUGGUGUUUCUGACAAUCGCAAGUCUAAUCCUUUUAUAAUUCUCGCUUCAAAUUUGCCUUCACUUAGAGAAAUGUCUUUCACUCUACACACUUCGGCCAUCACAGAUUCGAUGUGGGGAGAAAGGCAGCUCCUUGAGCUGGAACGCACAAGACCCGACAAGGCCAAGGAGAGGAGGGUGAGAACAGUUGCUGAGGUUGUCGGCCGGUAUGAUAUGGCACAAAUCUUCAAUAGCAGGGCUUUGGAGCAAAUUCGGUUGGUUUACAUCAAGAGCGAACUGAUCACUCCUUCCAUUGUGCAGGGCACGCCUGAGGUUGUCCUCGCCAACAUAAGGAAAUGGCUGAUGCAAGGCUUCAAAGAGCAUGGCCGGGAGAUAGUCGUGGAGCUUUCGCUUGCUGCUUAA